AAUGGUAUGGAUGAGCUGAUAACUGGUGAUCCUGUACAGUCCCGAGUAACAGAAACCAAAGUCUUUGUUAGCUGAGGCAUCUCGGGUUGUUCUCCAUAGCUUG